AUGGAAGCUGCUGCGACGGGCAAAUACGAUUCUGACGAGAAUGACGAUGUGGAAUGGGAAUCGCAAGACGAUGAAGACAACGAGGACGACGAUCAAGACAACAAUGAUGCCACUGGCAAAUCGAAAUCGGGUGGAAAGAAGAAGAAGAUCGAAGUGGCCGCCGGUGAAUUGGAAGGACUUCGUGAAACCGCCGAAUUAUACAAAUCUAAUAUUUUCAAGCUCGAGUUGGAUGAAUUGCUUGGUGAAGUGGCAGUGAAAUAUGAUAAACACAAGGCUUUGGAAAAGGCCCUCCAUCAUUUAAAGGCCAUUUUUGAUAAGAUCCCUUCAAGCCAGGAGACCUUGCUCCACAACUUCAAAUCAGAAAUGGAAAAGAAGCACAAUAUCAUCACGCCUUUCCCGCAUCCACAACCUCCUACCGAUGCCAACUACAAGUUCAAAUUUGAAAAACCCGCAGGUGUUCAUGUCGUAGGAAGCUAUGCUUUAAAAUCAGUGGCGAAGACAAAGGGACCUUUUACGGUGGAUCUGGCAGUGGAGAUGCCAGCGAGUAUUUUCCAAGAAAAAGAUCACAUCAACUACCGUUACUUUUACAAGCGUGCAUGCUAUCUUGCAACACUUGCCAACGCUAUUCAUAAUGCAAAAAAGGGCUUCCAGUUGGAAUUCUCUACCGUCAAUGACGACAGCCGAAAGCCUGUGCUUAUUGUAAAGGCCUCUGGGGAUAAAUCCGAGCUUGAUUUCUCAAAAACCAAGUGUGUGAUUCGUAUUAUUCCAUGCUUGGCGGCGGUUCCCUUCCCUGUCCAGCGUCUUGCACCGGGUCGCAACAAUGUUCGUGCCAAAGAUGAAUCGGAAACUUUGCGACCCACGCCUCAGUACAAUGCGUCUCUCCUUGCUGAUACAUCCUACACAUCCAACCUGGCAUUUCUUUAUCAACACAGCAAGGCCUGUCCAGCUUUCAAAGAUGCGCUUGUAUUGGCCAAAAUCUGGUUACAUCAACGUGGUUUAGCUUCCGUCGAGUCCACACACUCUGGCUUCAAUCUUUUCCUGUUUGCUAUGGUCAUGGGCUAUUUGUUGCAAAGUGGUAUUGGCGCGGAAGGCAAGAAGCUGUCGGCCGUGCACAGCUCGUAUCAACUCUUGAGAGGAACUCUGGAUUUCCUUGCAUUCCACGAUUUCGUCAACGAACCUGUUUUCAUUGGUCGCUCCGAUAACGAAGAGUUUUCCCAAGAAGCGUUCAAAAAGCAUUACGAUGUCGUGAUUGUGGAUCCUUCAGGCACUGUCAAUCUCGCUGCUCUCAUGUCCUCCUCUGGCUUGGCUCAAUUGCAACACGAAGCCCGUCUGGCCAUGAAUUAUUUCAAUGACUCGGUAGAUCGAUUCGAUGCCCUCUUUUUGAAAAAUGUCAAUGAUGUCUAUUUGAGAUUUGACAAUGUAUUCACUCUUCCAAUCGGGGAAAAGCCUAUCCAGCAAUACGACAGCAUGGCACGAGCCGAUUGCCCUGAUUAUACUGCGUUCUUUGCCCGAUCAUUGGCCAACUUGUUGAAGCAAGGUCUGACGAACCGUGUCGAUCUGAUUGCCGUGCAAUACAGUGGGCAACCCGCUUGGUCGCUUGGCGAUGAGAUGCCAAUGCAUGCCGUCGAUCAGAAGAUGACUGUGGGUUUGGUAUUAAAUCCUGAUCACGCUCCUCGAUUGGUUGAUCAAGGUCCCGAUGCUCAAGAUAAAGAGGCUGGCGAUAAAUUCCGAAAAUUCUGGGGCAGUAAAUCGGAAUUGCGUCGAUUCAAAGAUGGCAGCAUUCUUGAAAGUGUGGUGUGGGAAACUCAGGGCUACGAAAAUCGAACGCUCAUUGUCCAAAAGAUUAUUACAUACCUGUUAAAGUUCCACUUUGACAUACAUGAAGCCGUUCACUACUAUGCCGGUCAAUUCUACUCUUACCUCAACUUUUCCAAAUUAUUGCCUGACACCCUUUUCAGCUCGAAUCUCAAAAUCACGGGUUUCCAGACCGUCAUGAAUGCCUAUGGACAAUUUGCCAAACAUUUGCGCGCCGUGGAUACUGCUUUACCUUUACUGAUCAGCAACGUUUAUCCGGCUUCUCCCAGCCUGCGAUACACGUCGGCACUUUUACCGCACCCGGUCGACACCGCCAACAUCACAGCUUAUCCCACGACCAUGCGUUACUUUGAUGCCAUUGACGUGAUUGUGCAGUUGGAACGAUCCAGCAAAUGGCCGGAUGAUCUGGUGGCCAUGCAAAAGGUCAAGCAUGCCUUCCUUCUCAAGAUAGCUUCCGAAUUAAAGGCGAACCAGGGCGUGUCAUCGGUUGUGGUGGAUGAUGUCCGUGAAAAGAACGAACUGGCCAUCCGUGGUUAUCUGGAUGUCUACUAUUACGGCUACGUGUUCCGCUGCCACAUUUACUUGGAACAAGAAGGUGACAUCUUGAAGAAUUUGAUCAACAGCACCAAGGAAACCGAGACAAAGAAACUGUUGGCUGCCAAUGCGUUGGAAAAGUAUGAAUAUCAAUUCCGUCGUCGACAAAUGCACACGUUUUACAUUCAAGCCAUCUGUGCCCGUUAUCCGGCCUUUUCAGCCACGGUGCGUCUUGCCAAGCGAUGGUUUGGAUCCCAUCUGUUAUCGUCGCACGUGUCUGAAGAAUUCAUUGAACUGAUUUGCGCCUACGUCUUCUUGGAGUCUCAUCCCUGGGUGUCUUGCGCAAGCGCGUUUGCUGGAUUUAACCGUGUGCUUCACUUAUUGGCCACAUGGGAUUGGAAAACCACACCGUUGAUGGUCGAUAUUGAAGGCGAGAUGACGGCCAAAGACCGUGAUACCAUUAUGAAGAACUUUGCCGUGCAUCGUGGCCAGAACCCGAAAAUGACCAUGGGUGCCAUGGUGAUUGCCACUGCCAAGGAUUUGGAUGGUCAACAGUGGUCGAAAUACAAACCUUCCAUGCCGAUUGCAGCACGUAUUCAAGCCCUUGCCAAGGCGUCUUGCAGUGUCUUGAACGAAGCAGUGGUAUCAGGCGCGGAAAAGGAUUUCAAGCGUAUCUUUGUCACACCUAUGCAGGACUACAGUGCAGUGAUUCAUCUGAAACCCGAGCAUUGCACGCGUUAUUACCAAAACUUACACCCUCAAUCGAAAUAUCUGUCAACGACCGGUUCUAAAAUGUCCGAGUUGGGAGACAAAGCGUAUGCCCAAUUCGAUCCCGUGUCGGAGUUUGUCAAGGAGCUCGAGUUGCUCUAUGGUGAUAUCAUGAUGGUUUUCUAUAACAAGUAUGGUGGUCAUACCAUUGCCAUUGUGUGGGAGCCAGCAGCGACUUUGGCCAGACCAUGGCGAGUUAUUUCGGAUUUCAAUACGGUGCCUGUCGAUAUGCGUACAACCGGUGUUUUGAAACCCGCUAAAGGCGCAACAGAGGUCUCCAAACUGGCCGUGCCCAACUUUGCUGCUAUUCUGUCCGAAAUUGAACGACUCGGCGACGGCUUGGUAGACAGCAUUACAACUGCAUAA